UCUUAAACGUUGGAUCAGAAAAGAAAAAACAAGAAUCAGGUGUCCAUAUUGCAAUUAAAUUAAUGUGAUUGUCAACAUGGAAGUGAAAACAUAUAAAUGCAUUGAAUAUGGAAAUAUAUUUAGUCAGCAUGGACACUUGCAGUUACCUGAAAGAAUUCACUCUGAGAAGAAGCCUUACACAUGUGUGGAGUGUGGAAAGAGCUUUACUUUGAGUCAAAAUCUACAUUUACAUCAAAGAACUCACACUGGGGAGAAACCCUAUACAUGCCUGGAGUGUGGAAAGAGCUUCACUCGAAGUGAUCAUCUACAUAAACAUCAAAGGACUCACACUGGGGAGAAGCCCUAUCAAUGCCUGCAGUGUGGAAAGAGCUUUGCUCAUAGUGGACAUCUACAUUUACAUGAAAGAACUCACACUGGAGAGAAACCUUAUACAUGCCUAAAGUGUGGCCAGAGCUUCACUCGGAGUGAUCAUCUAAAUAAGCAUCAACAAACUCACACUGGGGUGAAACCCUAUGAAUGCCUGGAGUGUGGAAAGAGCUUUACCCAUAGUGGAAAUCUACAUAAACAUCAAAGAACUCACACUGGGGAGAAACCCUAUACAUGCCUGGAAUGUGGAAAGAGCUUCACUGAAAGUGGAAGCCUACGUUCUCAUCAUAGAACUCAUACUGGGGAGAAACCCUAUACAUGUAUAGAGUGUGGAAAAAGUUUCACUAAGAGUGGAAAUUUACGUUCACAUCAAAAAACUCACACUGGGGAGAAACUCUAUACAUGUCUGGAGUGUGGAAAGAGCUUUGCCCGGAGUGGAGAUCUACGCUCACAUCAAAGAAUUCACACUGGGGAGAAACCUUAUAAAUGCCAGGAAUGUGGAAAGACCUUUGCUCAGAGUGGGGGUCUAUGUUCACAUCAAAAAACUCACUCUGGGGAGAGACCCUAUACAUGCCUGGAGUGUGGGCAGAGCUACACUGAGAGUGGAAGUCUACGUUCACAUCAAAGGACUCAUACUGGGGAGAAACCCUAUAAAUGCCUGGAGUGUGGAAAGAGCUUCACUCGGAAUGGAGGUUUGCAUAAACAUCAAAGAACUCACACUGGGGAGAAACCUUAUGAAUGCCCGGAAUGUGGAAAGAGCUUUCUUGACAGGCAAUACCUACAGAAACAUCAAAAAACACACACUGGCAAGAAACCCUAUAAAUGCAUGGAGUGUGGAAAGAGCUUCAGUGAGAGUGGAAGUCUAUAUCAACAUCAUAGAACUCACACUGGGGAGAAACCCUAUGAAUGCCUAGAGUGUGGAAAGAGGUUUGCUGUGAGGGGACAUCUACAGAAACAUCAAAGAACUCACACCGGGGAGAAGCCCUAUAACUGCCUGGAGUGUGGAAAGAGCUUCACAUCUAGUGGAGAUCUGCAUAGACAUGAAAUAACACAUACUGGGGAGAAACUGUAUACUUGUCUGGAGUGUGGUAAGAGCUUUGCUCGGAGUGGAGAUCUACGUUCUCAUGAAAGAAUUCACACUGGACAGAAACCUUAUACAUGCCUGGAAUGUGGAAAGAGUUUCACACAGAAUACACAUCUACACAGACAUGAAAGAACUCACACUGGAGAGAAACCCUAUAAAUGUCUUGUGUGUGGAAAGAGCUUCACUCACAGCGGACAUCUACAUAGACAUGAAAGAACUCACACUGGGGAGAAACCCUAUUCAUGCCUGGAGUGUGGAAAGAGGUUCACUGGUAGUGGAGAUCUACGUUCACAUCAAAGGACUCACACUGGGGAGAAACCGUAUAAGUGCUUGGACUGUGGAAAGACUUUCAGUCAGAGUGGAAAUCUACGUUCACAUCAAAGAACCCACAUUGUGAAGACUCUUUAGGAUAUACAAAGGCAACCCUAGUUAAUGUUUGAAGCAUGAACAUAAUAAUGGGAAAUUUUAUCAGAUGUGGUGGUCUUACAGAAAGGCCCAGAAAUAUUGGUCUGAAAUACAUAUGAGACCAGCAUUUUAUUUGUUAAGAAUGCUGACUGCUGAGACACUGGAAGUAGCCCAAGAAAGAAGAAAGGCGAAAGGGAACAGCGAUAGGGGGAGAUACGCCCAAGUAAACGCACAAUUCCAGAGGUUAGCCAGAAGAGACAAGGAACUAUUUUUCAACAAGCAAUGCAAGGAAAUGGAAGAAGACAACAGAAUAGGGUCUGAAUAUUUGCCAUCCAGCUUUGCUGCCUUGCUCAGCCCUGGGCUUACCUUUUACACUAGCACUUUAUAUUGCCUUACCCCAUGGUAAUAACGCAUAAAACCACUUUUACUAGUGGGCUUAUGUUUGGCCUGUGGGGGGGAACGUGAUUGGGAAACUAUGUUUUUAAUCUGUUUUAUUGCAUCUAUGUGUUUUAACUGUUUUAUAAUUUGAAAUGUUAUAUUUAUUAUUUGUAUGUAUAAUGUGGCAUUGAAUUUUGCCAUAGUCUGUAAGCCACUCUGAGUCCCCUUCGGGGUGAGAAGAGUGCGAUAUAAAUAUAGAAUGAUGAUAUAGUAGAUAAGUGAGUAGACAAUAUAAAAUGGAAGAGGGUGGAGAAAUGUGAAAAUAGAUAAAUGAUGUGUAGGUAUCUAUAUAUAUAAAUGAGUGAUGGCAUCACGGCGACCAACAAAACAGCAAAACUACAGGCCCCCCAACCUCAAAAUUUGACAACACAACCCAUCAUCCACGCCUCUAGGUUGAUACAACAAAAAGAAAAGAAAAAUAAAGUCCUAAUUAGAGGUGAAGGAAUAAUUGUUUUUAUCCAAUUGCUGCCAGUUUUAGAGGGCUAAUCUCUGCCCACCUCCUAGCAACCAACUCAGCCCAGGGGACAGGCAGACUUAGGCCUCAGGCCUCUUCCACAGAUUAUCUAAUUUGCACUGGAUUAUAUGGCAGGGUAGACUCAAGGCCCUUCCACACAGCUAUAUUACCCAUUUAUAAUCUUAUAUUAUCUGCUUUGAACUGGAUUAUCUUGAGUCCACACUGCCAUAUAAUCCACUUCAGUGUGCAUUUUAUACAGCUGUGUAGAAUGGGCCUCAUAUAAUCCAGUUCUAAGCAGAUAGUAUAAGAUCAUCAAUAUACAGUAGAGUCUCACUUAUCCAACAUAAAUGGGCCGGCAGAAUGUUGGAUAAGUGAAUAUGUUGGAUAAUAAGAAGGGAUUCAGGAAAAGCCUAUUAAGCAUCAAAUUAGGUGAUGAUUUUACAAAUUAAGCACUAAAACAUCACGUGAUACAACAAAUUUGACAGAAAAGGUAGUUCAAUGCGCAGUAAUGCUAUGUAGUAAUUAUACCACCAUACUUUGCCACAGCAACGUGUGGCCGGGCACAGCUAGUGUUUUUAUGUAUUAAAUGCGCAAGCUACUCACAACACAAAAUAUGAUAAUAUUAUAUAUAUAGCGAAGAGUAGAGACAUCACACUGGCAAUGAAGGUCUGCAUAGCUAAAGCAAUGGUAUUCCCCGUAGUAACCUAUGGAUGCAAGAGAGAGCUGGACCAUAAGGAAGGCUGAGCGAAGGAAGAGAGACGCUUUUGAACUUUGGUGCUGGAGGAUAAUCCCGAGCGUGCCUUGGACCUUGGCAAGAAGACCCAACCAGUCCAUCCUCCAGGAAAUAAUGCCCAAUGGCUGCUCACUGGAGGAAAGGAUACUAGAGGCAAAGAUCAAGUAUUUUGGCCACAUCAUGAAAAGACAAGAAACCUUGGAGAAGAUAAUGAUGCUGGGCAAAAGGGAAGGAAAAAGGAAGAGGGCAAGAUGGACGGAUGGUGUUCUUGAAGGGACUGGCUUGUCCUUGAAGGAACUGGAGGUGGCCUUGGCUGACCAGCAGCUCUGGCCUGGGAUGGUCCAGGAGGUCACCAAGUGUCAGAAGGGACUGAACGAAUAAAUAACAAAACAAUACUGUAUAUGUAGCCCGCCCUAUCUCCCCAGGGGGCUCAGGAGGAUUCCCAACAUAAUAAAGGCAAACAUUCAAUGCCGGUAUAAAACAAGAAGAAAAUAGAAAAAAAACAAUACAAUACAAUACAAUGAAUUAAAACAAG